CAAAGACACAGACAGCUCGGUUACAACACACAGCUUCCUUGCAUAAUGGGGUCAGAAUGGCACUUACUUUUCUUUCUACUCCUCACCAUUUGGAGUAAAGGUGCAGUCAUCACAGCUGUAGUGUUCAAUGACCUCCCACGUACUGUUGAGGUGAAUGAAAACGUGGCUGCAGGAGUUGUGGCCAGCUUCACUGUCAAUUGUACCACACCCUCAAGCAGUGGACCCAGUGUAACUUUGCAGAACAUCAGUCCCACAACCAUGUUUUUCAAUUCACCAAAUGCCUUAGGCAAUGGCACUUUCCAGGUAACCCUUCGCCCAGGUGCUACCCUGAAUGCCAGAGAAGUGAAUCAGUACACCUUCACAUUCCAAGCAGAGUGUCCCGGAGAAACCAUCAGUACUAGUCAACUUUACAUUCAAGUAAAAGAAGUAUACGAAUUACUGUGUGACAACUCAUUUCUUGAUACAGCUGCAAAACCAUUAGUAGUUCCUGAGGAUAUUGCUCCUGAAGCGGUCAUCUACACAGUCACACUGAAGAGGCAAGGCAGAGGCAGUUUGACAUUUGGCUUUGAAAAUGUUUUGGUGCCUUUCACCAUAAAUACAGAAGGACAAGUGCGUGUACCUGCCACAGGUUUCACUCGUGAACAAGCUGGUAAGCUAUUCCAAACAAAUAUUGUGGUCAAGGAUGCUGAUGGAAGAAACUGUAGCAGUUUUCUGGAGGUCCAAGUGCAGCCUGUUUACCACAACACAGUCAAUUUCACGGAGUCAUCAAUAGCAGUUUCUGUGUAUGAAAACAACGGUCCCCUCCAGAUUAUCACACAGGUCCAUGCCCAUGGAGGAGGACAUGUGCGCUACCAGAUCAGAUCUCCCACAGUAUAUUUUACCAUUAGCUCAGAUUUGGGUGUGAUUAAGAAUACAUACAACCUAGAUUUGGACCAUAAUCCAGGGUUGCACAACACCCUGUUGGUGGUGGAAGCCUAUGAUAUUCUCCAUCCCACUGAUAGGGCUACCAUCAUUGUCAACAUUACUGUACAACGCCGGAACCAGCAAGGACCCAUGUGUCACCCUGCUAUUUAUGUAGCUGAGAUUCCAGAGACUUCUCGAAUUGGGACGAGCCUAGCAACUCUCACUUGUGUAGAUAAAGACAAUAACAACAGAACUCUUCAGUACCACAUGGAGAAUAACCAGACCCCUCCUUAUAGUUUUCAUAUGGAACAUAAUGUGCUGCAGGUGAACACUACUUUGGAUUAUGACUCAGCAGCCAUGAUCAGUCGUGGAUUCCUGUACCAGGCCACCAUUCUGGUGACAGACAAUGGAAACCCCCAACAAACCACCAGAAUACCAGUGCUAAUGACAGUAAGCAGGGUGAAUGAAUACUGUCCACAGUGCCCACGACAGUCCUCCUACAGUAUAUCAGAGGAUGCUGUCUUUGGAGACUUUGUUGGCAAUGUCAAUGGCACUGAUCGAGACUACCCCUUCAACAACAUUGAAUACAACAUCCUUGGAGAACAGAAUGUUUUCUACGUUGGUCGUCAAUCAGGAGAUCUGUAUGUAUUGGGUCCACUUGACUAUGAGAAGCAGAAAUCAUAUCGAUUGAUCCUAACCCUGAAGGAUUUGGACAAUGACGUAAAUCCAACCAAGCAGUUCACAACACCCUGUAACAUUACCAUUAAUGUGCUGAAUGUGAAUGACAAUGCUCCAGUGUGUACCCCAGACUUUGAGACACGUACCAUAUGUUCCACAAGGGCCACCGAUACAAGUAUUGUGACACUGCAGUGCCGUGAUGAGGAUGAGGAAAAUGGUCGGCUGAUCUACACCAUUGUUGGCGGGAACACAAAUGGGCGAUUUCGUAUGAUAGACAACAGCUUGUUCCAUAAUACAUUCUCCUUCAACCGUGAUGGUAUUUUUGACCCACGCAAUUAUGAGCUUCUGGUGCAAGUGAUGGAUAGCCAUACACCUCACCUUAGCACCACAGCAACCAUUAUUGUCCAUGUGAUUCCUUGGACAACUACUGUGCCUACUACUAGCACUACUACCACCACGAUGGCACCUAAGAAACCCAUAAUUUUGCAUAGAACAGAGGAAUACUGGGCUCCAGAUCCCUGGUUUGUCGUGGUUCUUACAGUCACUGGAAUUCUUCUCCUCUCAGCCCUAGGUUUGUUGUUUUGGCAUUUCUGCUGUAGGAAAGCACAAACAGAGGCAUCUCAGCCCCUACUGCAGAACAGGGGCCAAAGGAUGGAAAGGAACUACAUUGUGACAGAAGAAUCUAGCAAUGACAAAGGGAACGUUUCUGCUGAGGUGCUGAGUCUGCACCACCACUUUGAUGGCCGUGCUCAGGACCCUGUCACAGGCCAGCAUUACCUGUACGACAGCAGCAGUGGAGCACGGCGCUGGGUGUGAGUGUGGUCUGUUCCAUCCUAAGGACAGCAGCAUGAGGGCACACAGACAUGAUGGGAAGAGAAGAUAAAGAGCAGGCUUUCUGCACAGAAUGCACAGUGUAAAUAUCACAUGGUUCCUACCCAGUGUAUUGGAACAGAACUUUUCCAUAAGUUUCCUCUACUUAUUACAUCCACCUUGUAUAUCAACUUGUAGAAGUGAAGUGUUGCAACUGAGUGGUUCUCCUCCAGCCAGCUGUAUUUCCUUUGGCCAAUUCCUACCAUAUAUACUCACGUAUAAGCCGAGUUUUUCAGCCCUCUUUUAAGGCUGAAAAAUGCCCCCUUGG